AUGACUGAAUCACUUCCGCAGCAGAACCCUAUGCCUGUGCUCUCUGAUGCAGGGCCUGCCGAUGCGAAGAAGGCCCAGGAACUGCCGAAACUUUCAAUACAGGAUUUCCAAAUCUACAAUCGGCGGACAUGGAACAUGCUGUACAGUGCCUGCUCAUCAGGACAACGUCCAGCGGGAGUAUCGAUUCGUGGCUUCAUACAAGCUGGUUUGCAGCUGUGCCACCACCUAACCAUUCAUCAUACUAUUGAGGAACGACAUAUCUUCCCUGAAUUGGCGGAAAGGAUGCCAGGUUUCAAGGAUGAUGAGAUUUUGAUUCAUCAACACGAACAGAUACACGACGGGCUCGAGAAAGUACAAGACUAUCUUCAGGCAUGCCAGUCUGGCGAGAAAGAGUUAAGGAUGAAUGAGCUGAAGGAUAUCAUGGAUUCUUUCGGGGAGGUUCUUUGGGCACAUCUAGAUGAAGAAGUAAGGAUGCUCGGUGCCGAGAACAUCAGGCAGUAUUGGACCAAGCAGGAAGUCCUUGCUAUGGAAUGGUAG